AUGGCCUCGUCCGUUGCCCUUCGUCAGGCACUCACCCCCUCUUCCUUCCUCACAGGAGCUCCCACCACCAGACUCUCACCCGCCAGAGCAUCAGUGAGCAAUGGCGUUUCGCUGUGCUCAUUCCAGGCGACGUCCGCGCAAUCUCAGUCUAGGUCGGUCGUCUGCUCCGCUGCCGGCACAGAAGUCACAGCAGCAGCAGCGUCCACUGACAACUGGGUGCCGGUAAUCCCUAUGGAGGCGCUUCCCAAGGGAGAGAGGCGCCUUAUCAGGCAGGACGGCCAGGAGAUUCUGCUCUUCUGGUACCGGAACGAGAUUUACGCCGUGGAGAACGUUUCGCCUGCAGAGGGAGCGUACUCGGAGGGAUUUCUCAACGCCAGGUUCACCCAGGACGGCUGCAUCGUGUGUCCGUCAACGGACACCACGUUCGACCUCAAGACGGGCGAGAUCAGGGAGUGGUACCCCAAGAACCCCGUGCUGCGCGCGCUCACCAAGCCGCUGCGCCAGCUGGAGGUGUUCCCCGUGAAGCUCGAGGAUUACCAAGUCUGCAUCAACAUGGGCCGCGGCUCCGCCGGUGCUGCUGAGGUGGUGGUGGGCGAGGCUUCCAAGGUCGGCCAAACGGUGUCUGACGUCAAUGUGAACGAGACCAAGAUGGUGGUGGAUGAGUCAGCAGGCGGAUUCGGAUUCUCACCACAGAACGAGCUGCUCAACGGCCGAGCUGCAAUGGCAGGCUUUGUGGGUCUACUGGUGAUCGAGCUCGUCACUGGCAAGGGCUUGCUAAACGCCACUGGCCUGCUGGAGUCAACUUUGGCGCUUUCUCUCCUGCGUACGGCCUCUUCCCCUCCGCCAUCUCCUUCAUAUGGCCUUCUCCCCUCCGCCUUCUCUCCUUCAUACGGCCUCCUCCCCUCAGCAAUCUCCUUCAUACGGCCUUCUCCCCUCCGCCAUCUCCUUCAUACGGCCUUCUCCCCUCCGCCAUCUCCUUCAUACGGCCUUCUCCCCUCCGCCUUCUCUCCUUCAUAUGGCCUUCUCCCCUCCGCCUGCUCUCCUUCAUACGGCCUCCUUCCCUCAGCAAUCUCCUUCAUACGGCCUUCUCCCCUCCGCCAUCUCCUUCAUAAGGCCUUCUCCCCUCCGCCAUCUCCUUCAUACGGCCUUCUCCCCUCCGCCUUCUCUCCUUCAUAUGGCCUUCUCCCCUCCGCCUUCUCUCCUUCAUACGGCCUCCUCCCCUCAGCAAUCUCCUUCAUACGGCCUUCUCCCCUCCGCCAUCUCCUUCAUACGGCCUUCUCCCCUCCGCCAUCUCCUUCAUACGGCCUUCUCCCCUCCGCCUUCUCUCCUUCAUAUGGCCUUCUCCCCUCCGCCUUCUCUCCUUCAUACGGCCUCCUCCCCUCGGCAAUCUCCUUCAUACGGCCUUCUCCCCUCCGCCAUCUCCUUCAUACGGCCUUCUCCCCUCCGCCUUCUCUCCUUCAUAUGGCCUUCUCCCCUCCGCCUUCUCUCCUUCAUACGGCCUCCUCCCCUCAGCAAUCUCCUUCAUACGGCCUUCUCCCCUCCGCCAUCUCCUUCAUACGGCCUUCUCCCCUCCGCCUUCUCCUCCAUACGGCCUUCUCCCCUCCGCCUUCUCCUCCAUACGGCCAGCAGAACCGCCAUGAAGCGUAG